AGUCGUCGCCUGUUGAAUCUAUUCUAUUUACUCGAUAGUUCCUCGGCCGUCGUCGCCGCCCGUCCGCCUCCUUGAUUUGUUUUAGUUUUACUUUUGUUUUGGUUUUUUUUUUUGUUUUGUUUGUUUUAAUGUAUGUUUUGUUUUGAACUCUAUACACACUGUGCAAUGUGAGAAGCGACAGAAAGAAAGGAGAGAACGAAGCAAGGCGCGCAACAAGAACGCAACAAAAUAACGGCAAAACAACAACAGAAGUAACAACAGAAGCAACAACAUAAGGAGAGAACAAAAAAAUCAUUUACAAAAAUAAAACAGUUCCCAGCCAUCCAGGGAUGCAACAUCAAGACUUUAGACCCCCAGCGUUAACCUAACCCAAGCUCCUCUAGCUUCUAGAACCUAGAUCCCACUUCCAAACCCGAACCCAAGUUGCACACGAUUCCAAGAUGACCGAUAAUGGUGGCCAUCUCAGCAAUAACAACAAUAACAAUAACAACACGGAGGCAUCCAGACUGAGACUGCCGGAGGCUGAGCAGACCGCACAACUGCUGCCCAAGAAUGGAUCAGCGGCCAAGAUAACAUCAUCUCCCACCACCAACACCAACACAAACACCAACACCAACAACAACACCAACACAACCCAUUCGCAUUCCCAAUCCACGCCUGGAUCCCAUCCGGUGAAGAAGAAGAGACGCGACAAGAGCGACCUGGGCGAGGACUUUGUGGCGCCGGAUGGAGGAUGGGGCUGGCUGGUGGCCAUUGCCAGCGGCGUCAAUAUUCUGGUGACGUUCGCUUUGGCCCAACAAUUUGGCAUCCUAUUCCGCGAUCGCAUGGCGAAUCUGGGAAUAUCCAGUUCCGAGCUAACGACCAUCAUCAACACACAAAUCGCUGUGUCUGCAUUUACGGGUCUCCUCAAUGGCCCACUUUUCCGACGCUACACCUACCGAGUGGUGGCCCUUUGGGGCUCUGUAUUGACCUUUGCCGGCCUCUUUUGGAUGGUAUUUGCGGACACCUUCACCGUCUACCUGUUGAGCUUCUCCAUCAUUUAUGGAUUCGGUCGGGGACUGACGGUGAGCGCCUCCUCGCUGGCCGUUAACACGUACUUCAAGGUGAAGCGACGCACGGCCACCGCCUAUCAGUUUGGUGUGGCAGGACUUGGACCCAUUGUCUGUCCCUACUUUGCCACCUAUAUGCUGCAGGUAUUUGGUGUCCAAGGCACAACCCUGCUCUUUGCCGGCGCCUCAUUGCAUACCAUUGCCUGUUCGCUGAUCUACCAGCCGGUGAAGUGGCAUGUGGUGAAGCGGGAUCGCGAUGCAGAGGCAUUGCAGCCGGAGCAACCGCUGGCAGAGCGCGAGGAUCAGGAUGAGGACAUCAUCAAGCAUGUGGUGGAGCCAGAGACACCGGUUUUGCCGCGUGCCAACGAUGGUUGGUUUGGAUCACGGGUCUCGCUCAAUAGCAGUGGGACACGGAAUCGUUUGAACACCUGGGACAAGACCGAGGGCAAUGGCCAUGUGGAGCUGAAACGAUUGAGUAGCAAGGAUUCGAAUCCUGGCGGAAGGCAGCAGCGUAGCAUCUCGGUUAGUCAUAGCAUCAAGGAGGAGGAGGCCCUGGGCUACGACUCCGACGAGGAGGAGCAGAAGGAGAAGAAGAUGGAGCAGAAAGAGCUCACGGAGAAGGAGAAACAGGAGCUGGAGGAUGAGGAGGAGCGCCAGAGACGCAAGAAGCUACCCUUCUACAUGAAGGUUGUGAUCUUCUUUGACCUGGAUCUGUUAAGGGACAUCACAUAUGUGAAUCUGGCCGUGGGCAUUACGUUGAUCAACUUUGUGGAGAUCAAUUUUGCCAUUCUGACGCCCUUCAUCUUGUCCGAUCUGGGCUUUGAAAAGGAUCAAAUCGCCUUGGCCAUGUCCACGCUGGGAUUGUUCGAUCUGCUCGUGCGUUUUGCCAUACCUUUGAUCACCGCCAAGAUCAAUCUGAGUAAUCGCACCUUCUUUGUGGUGGGCAUUUUGGGCAUGUGCAUUGGCCGCAUGUUCCUUUCGAUGACUACCAACUUUUAUGCCAUGAUGGCCAUCUUCCUUUGGCUGGGUUUGAACAAGGCCUUCCGUACGGUCUUUUGGUCAUUGAUUAUACCCAGUUAUGUGCCGUUGAAGCGAUUGCCAGCAGCUGCCGGCUUGCAAUUGCUAAUGUCGGCCACCUUUUCCAUGGUCUUUGGACCACUGAUUGGUUUGAUCCGUGAUCAUACAAGCUAUGCGGUGACCCUUAACCUGCUGAAUGCCCUGUGUGUAAUGGCCUUUGUGGGCUGGUAUCUGGAGGACUUUAUACGAGCUCGGACACGAAAAGCACCGCCAGUGAAGACGAUCGACUGAGCUUGGAGGGGCUCAUCCUGUCCAGGAACAAACAUCCAUCCUAUGUUAACUCUAGCGAAAUGUUCUUUGUUAUCGCCUUUUGCCCAGUGUUUUUUUUUACUCUAUAUGUUUAUGUAAAUUAUAUUCUGCGUGUACAUUGUGUAUAUACUGUAUAUUCGAGUGUAGCUAAUUAUUUGUAUUAACUAUUGAUAAUUGUUAAUUAAUAUGCAUA